AUGUACCAAAUUCCCUGGGUUGUUAAAGAAUCUUGCGUAGUGACAAAUGAGGUUGCAUACCAUCUUAUUGGAAAGUGUAUUAGAAGUGUUGGAAGUCUAGGUAAUAAUAAAUUUGAAGAAUGUGGUUCUUCUGGGCAAGACACAGUAAGAGAAAUAGAGAAACUUGCAACAGAGCAACUUCAGAAUAUUAGAGAAAGCUUUAUUAACAAAGGUGAAUAUGACAAUGAAUGUUUUGAACUUCUUCGUGUCAAAGGAACAGUUCAAUUACUACCUAAUAGUAUUGGAAAUAUUGAAGAUUCAAUUAGAAAAUACUUAUGUUGCUUUCUAUUUCACUAUAUUGCAGAGUUUCACGGAGUUUGGGUAUGCUUUCACAAAAUAAGUACAAUUAAUACGUAUGGUUAUAUACCAGACUCAGAGCCUAAUGGUUCUUUUCUUGUGAAUAUCGAAUUCAAAGCCUUAGUUUUUAAACCCAAAAUAGGUGAAUUGUUAAUAUGCCGAAUUUCACAUGUUUCACCAUCUCAUAUAUCUGGAAUUACUUAUGGGAUUCUGAAUGUGGUAAUUCCAAUGAAAAGCUUUAAAGGAGAUGAAUAUGAAUUUCAGAAGGCAGAUUCACUAGCAUACGAGACAAAUACUUUAGUAAACAAAAUAAACAAAGAAAAGAAUUUGAAAAUCGGAUCGAUUAUAUUUGUCCGUAUAAAAAAGUAUAAUUUUUCUGAUAAUGGAGACUUUAUUUCAUCUAUAAAUGGUCAAUUUGAAUCUCUUAUUGACUAA